CUUGUGACAGUUUCUGUGCUGUAAGUUCAGUUAAUCUGUGGUUCAGUUCAAGUCUUGUUCUAUGGUUCAGUUUUCAGUUUAUUAUCAUCAGUCGUAUCGUGUUUUAGUAUAGAGGAAAGGGUAUUACUAUCCGUCAUUUUUUGGCUCUUGUAUCUUUUGUCUUGGAAUAAAGUGUGGAAAGAAGCAAAUAGGAUCCUAAAAAAUUAAUGGUGAAGUUUUAAUGACAAUCUAAAAUGUCAUCUCCUAGUGCUGGUAAAAGACGUAUGGACACUGAUGUUAUUAAACUUAUCGAAAGCAAGCAUGAAGUUACCAUCCUUGGAGGACUAAAUGAAUUCUGCGUCAAAUUUUAUGGACCUAGAGGAACACCGUAUGAGGGAGGAGUAUGGAAAGUUAGAGUACAUUUACCCGAACACUACCCUUUCAAAUCUCCAAGUAUAGGAUUCAUGAAUAGAGUUUACCAUCCUAAUAUUGACGAAGUAUCUGGUACCGUAUGCUUGGAUGUUAUUAAUCAAGCAUGGACAGCAUUAUAUGACUUAUCCAAUAUAUUUGAAUCAUUUUUGCCACAAUUAUUGACGUAUCCAAAUCCUAUUGACCCUCUAAAUGGAGAUGCGGCGGCUAUGUAUCUUCACAAGCCAGAGGAAUAUAAGAAAAAAGUGUCAGCUUUAAAACAUACAGAAUAUGUUAGGAAAUACGCAACAGAAGAAGCUCUUCGAGGUGGCGAAAAUGUAAGUUCAGAUAGCGAGUCAAGUAUGUCAGAUUUUUCAGAAAAUGAAGCCGAAGAUAUGGAAUUAUAACGUUGGGUAUCUCUUGUUCUUCGAAAAACCACAGCUCGCUCAAUGGGACUUCGUGUGAAAUUUCCCAAUUUCUUAGUAGAAUGCUUAUAUAGUUAUUUAUAUAUCGGUGACCUUGCAAUUUUAUAGCUUGUUUGAUUGUAGACUGCAACAAUGCGUUUAAGAAACUUACGUUAGACUUAGUUAAGGUGCGUCCAGACCUGACGAGCCGAGUCUGAAUCGCGUUAAAUUCUAUUGAUGUUUCGUCAAAACACCGACAGGAAAUGCAUCGUCUGUCGGUGUUUUGGCGGAACAUGAAAGGAAUUUGCCGCGGCUCAGGCUCGGCUCGUCAGGUCUAGACGCACGAUUAUGUUAAAAGUAGUUUCGUUUGAGUUUCUCGAUUAUUAUAUGUAAAUCUCGCAUCUUUUCAUAUAAAUAUCUUCAAAUAGCUCGUAAAAUGUCUCAAGGCGGUUAUUAUAUUAUUUCAAUUGGCAUAGCAAAGAAAUUUGGACAUUUCAUCUGAUACAUAUUCAAUAUCACAAAAUAAAAUUUAAAUUUAAAAUUGUUACUUCUAAAUGCCAAAAAAUAGGAUUACAUGCGUAUGCGAUAAUUUAUGAUUUAUAUUUGUCUUAGUUCAUGUGCUUUGUAGUUUAUUAAUUUGUUUGUGAACUAACUACACUUUUAUUACAAACGGUACGUCGGCAAUUGCGUGACCAACUCUCGACGAUUGUUUAUUAUUCUUGUUGUUUCCUUUAAAUAAUAUUUUUAAUUAGCCAAUAAAGAGCUCAUACUUUUAUUAUUUAAUUUAACGCAAGGAACCUUACAAAUAUACAGUGAUUUGAAUGUGACUUGUUCAGUAUUAUGCUGUUAUUUUUUUAGUUAUUAUAAUUUAAUAUGUGUAUUUUAUUCCGAUAAUAAGUGGGUUUAUUCAAGACACCGGGUACGGGCAUUAAUACUAGUGAUUUUAAACAAAGCACACCCAAAAAUACAAUAAUGACUGCCGCAUAUGAAUAAGGAUAAGAACAUGUCACUUAAUUUCAAAUUGUCAAUUAUAUUUGUUUGAUUGAUUAUGGAAGUAAAUGUAAUCCAGUUAAAAAUUUGUUCAUGCAUUGGUCGUCAAUUCCGAAAAUUUUAAAUUUGGCCUUAUUGAAUUGAUAAAUAACGAACGUAGCCGCACAAGUCAUUGUAAAUUUUUAUAAAACUAAUGAUUAAAAAAAUAUUUAUGAAAACUUAAAAGUAUAUUUUAAAAGAAAAUUCAUUAUUUCAGUCUAGUCUUCAUAAAAUUCAUGAAUCUGUAGAAUACAUGGCAGCAUUUGUUAGAUUCUCAGUUUUAAGCAAGUAAAUGAAAAACAUUCAAUACUACCUUAAAAAAUAACUUGACGGGUUGGAAGACCUUUUUAGACUAAUUCUUGUAUUCGAAAUUUGACCACGCAGUUACCGAAUGCUGUGAAUUAGACUAAAAUGCAAUCAUGAUUAUUUACAUGUAAAAGACUCAGUUUUAUUUAAACAUCUGAAGAGAGUGAGAAGUUCAUCCUUGAUCUAAUGGAAUAUAUAGAUUCAAAGGGAAAGGGAAUGUAUAGAUUCGUUUUUAACCCAUUUGUAAUGUAUAUCUUCCUUUUAACUGUAGUUUUAGUUUCGCUCGUAAAGUUGCUCUGAUUUUUACCAUAUAGCGGUUAUACUUUAGUUAGGACCGUAUGUAGAUAUAUACUCCUUAUAUAAGAAUGUAAGUGUUAGAAGAAAAAUCUAUUUUAAUUUGUUUAUAUAUAUAUAAAGUAGAUCUAUGAAUUUCUGCUACUAAUUUGCUACACACACGUUCUUAUACGUUCUUUUAUAAGGCAGUUUUGCAGUAAUUUGUCUGAGAAUAUUAUAUUAUUUAUAAAUCUUAUUUUAAUUUUUUUAUAGUGUACCUGUAUUAAAGAUGAUAAGUGACUAAACGUUAUUUUCAUUAGAAAAUGUAUUUCAUUAAAAUUGUUUUAGUGCUAAUAAUCACAACAAUAGCAAAGUAAUAAGAAUAAAAUUUCACUGUGUAAGGAAUUUGGCAAAAUAUAUUUAAAUUGAAUGGAUUUAGGUAUUAUAAGCAUUUCAAUUAUACCAUAACAUCAUGCAAUACAAAUCGAUGAGUUUUUUCUCCAGUUUUUUUUUAUUCAUUUUCAUUAUUAAUGUGUAAUUUUUGUUCUGUGUAACAUACUAAUAUAUUUGCUUCUAGCUGAAUGAUAUCAGAGAGAUAUGGAAGCACAUGUUUAGUUCCCGUUCACUAAUAAUUGUAGGCUGUAACUGAGUUUACCCUUUCAUAGCAGUAUUCAAGGAAUUGUUGAGAUUUAAUUUUAAUUAGUAACCUAUAAAAUGUAUUACUGUUUACCCCUCUAGUAUUUCUUUGCCGUUGGUGUGAUGAUGGGUGAAUCAUUUAAAAGUGUAUCUUAGAUUUUAGAUAGUUUGAUUUUAAGUGCUCCUAAAACUCUAAUACGCAUGUGCAGAUGUUAAUUUAACGGCGGCAUUAUUAGUGGCACAGCUGCAAUGUGUGUUCCAUAUAUCUCUAUCAUCAAAUGUUGAUUAGAAA